GCCUUUUCCAUCGAACGAGUUGUCACUAGUGCUAAGACCUUUCUCGCUGGGCACAGUGUGCUCGCCGAUCGCCCCUCAAGUACAGAUAAGCGACUAUUCUCGUAAUUGGAAAUCCAGUUGUUCGGGUACUACGGCCAUCUCGGUGGCACCAUUGUACGAACCUGUACGCGUGGUAUCGUGAGCCUCGUGUCUAGUAAUGAGAUAAGAAGGUAGCUUGAAAUGAUGAGUCUAGUACAAAACAGCUCUGUUUCGGCAUUUGGAAUGCCAUAACGUUGGUUAAACAGUACAUGCCUGGGGGAAGUCACUCGGGCCAAUGCAUUUGAUAUUGCGGACCUAAGUUGGCGAUCACAUCAACAAAACAGCGCAGUACAUGUCUGAUGGAAGUUGCUCGGGCCAAUAUUGCGGACCUAAGUUGGCGAUCACAUCAACGAAACAGCGCAACCUUAGAUAUCCCUUUACGCUUUCGGUAAAGUGCCCUCUACCGCCAUUCCUAUCAUAUGACUACACCAUAUGUUUGGGUGGAUCUUCUAGGAAAGUUACUGGACUUUCCAAGGCCGCAACCACCCAUGGAUUCAAGCACUCAAUUCGAACGUCUGGAGUAUUGACAGCUGGGAAACAAGGGCAGCGAAGAGAGGAAACAGAUGCAAAGCGAAGGUUGCACAUACAGGAAAUGACCAACAAGGAUCGAGACAUCAUUGAGAACAUGUUUGCCGAGAGUAGCGUUGACAUACAGCCAGAAAGUAUACCUUACAGUCUGCCGCCUGGUGAAGAGGAAGUAGAGCUCAGUCACGAGGGCAGUGAGUACAAGGUGUUUGAAGGUUUGGCUCAACAAAUGGCCAACAUCUCAGGAUGCCGCUACAUGGACCCACGAACUCAUACCGAUCGCAUUGAAGUUCAAAAUGAAAAUUGGGACAUUCAGAUGGACCGUCUGGUGGAGGUGUACUUGAACUAUUGUGCCCGAGAUUGUGGUGACGGUAUGCCACGUAAUGCCUUGGAGGAGCCAACACUGGGCGACGAUUCCCUAUCUCUCAAGAACAUUGACUUAGUUGACAUCUUUAUAUUCAAGCACAAUGUAAGGCUUUAUGUCAUCUUCACAAUAUUCCAUAUUGAUCAUAUUUCAACAUGCAAUUUUCAGACACUUACGACGUGUUACCUUGAAAUCACACAUUGUGUCGACUCCCUUAUCAAUGAAGUGCUUGGCCGCAAUACACCUAACUGGCGCCUUCUCAACUCAUGUCCCUGCUGUUUCUACAAAUUAGAGGACGAGGAAAACCUCGCCUUCGAGUGGCUGGUGACUAUUGAUGGCAAUACUAGCUUAAAGCGAUGGUCAUCGUCAAUAGAUGGCAGCACCAUGUGA